AGAAGCAUCCGUGAUGGCGUCUACAUUCACCGGGGUGUCCCCCAAGUUCUUUGUUGAACAAGUUAGGCGGAGCAGGACGUGUUUGGACGAGUUAGUGCGGUCGUGUCGUCUAUUCCGAUUAGGGCAGGUCAGUCGCUGGCACUUCGUUAGGCAUCGUCAUCAGAAACAUCUCGUAUUCAAAAGCAAAAUGGCGGACGAAUUGGAGCCUUCGGUGCGGAACAUCAUCGACCAAAAAUCACUAAAAUGGAUCUUUGUUGGCGGCAAAGGAGGUGUCGGUAAAACAACGUGCAGUUGCUCACUUGCCGUUCAAUUAGCUGCUAAACGAAAAAGCGUGUUGUUGAUAUCGACUGAUCCUGCUCACAACAUAUCAGAUGCUUUCAACCAGAAAUUUACAAAGACACCUCAGAAAGUUGCGGGAUUUGACAACCUUUCUGCAAUGGAAAUCGAUUCAAAUCCGACUGAAGGAUCUGCUUUACCCGGACUGGAUCAGUUAGCGGACGCUAACGGUAGCAUAGCGUCUAUGGGACGAGAACUGCUCAACAAUAUGGUUGGGGGUAUGCCUGGCAUCGAUGAGGCCAUGAGUUUUGCUGAAAUGUUGAAGCUCAUCAACUCGCUCGACUUUGAUGUCGUGGUGUUCGACACUGCUCCAACUGGACAUACAUUGCGAUUGUUGCAGUUCCCAGUUAUACUGGAAAAAGCUUUUACAAAAAUCCUCUCACUCCAGUCAUCCUUUGCUCCUAUGAUUGGACAGCUUUCUGGUAUGCUUGGUAUGGGAGAGGUGUCUCUCGAUGAUACAGUCCGAAAGCUCCACGAAACAUUGGAUCAGGUCAAGCGAAUGAAUGCAGAAUUCAAAAACCCGGAUCUUACCACAUUCAUAUGCGUAUGUAUCGCCGAGUUUUUGUCAUUGUAUGAGACCGAACGGUUGAUUCAGGAGCUUACAAAGCAGGGGAUUGAUACUCACAACAUUAUUGUGAACCAGCUGCUAUUCCCCGAUACGAGCGAAGGAUGCAUUAAGUGCAAGAAAUGUCAGGCUCGAUCAAAAAUACAGACGAAAUAUUUGGAUCAGAUUGCUGAUCUAUAUGAGGACUUCCAUAUCAUCAAACUGCCGUUGUUGGACGAAGAAGUCCGUGGUCCCGAGCAGAUACGUGCUUUCAGUCGAAAUCUGAUGGUACCGUACACUGGAGCUUAGCUAAGGUCUAGUCAGGUUCUUUUGUCUACGUAUGGAGAGGUCCCAUGAUUUUCUGGCUUUCUCGUCUUGUUCCUAUUGUCUGUUCAUACUGAACUCGGGAAAACUUCGACUUUUUGGGUUUGCUUGUGAGCUCUGUCAAACCUUUUUCUCUUUUUCAUGCGGCUGGGCAUUGAGACUAUUUAUAUAAAAAAGAGUAUUGAAUUGUAUGCUUGUAGGAUAUAACUUAUUUCUACAGUGAUUGUGAAAAGGAUAUCAUUCUAUCAAAUUUCCCAUCUGCAAUGUUCUUUCUCAAAAGUCGUCUUUAUAAAUAUGUCA